AUGCUGCCGGAACAAUAUCCGGGUCCGUGGUGUGCCGGAGGCGAGGACCCGAGGGAACUCCUGACAGGCCUAUUCACUCAACUACUAGGGGACACCGGCCCACCCGACUAUGGAAUGGUCGCACACCGAGCCCUCCGGGCCCCUAGAGGACACGGCCAACCCCUGGAUAUCAUCUGCCGUCUAAUGUCAUUCCCACUGAAGGAAUCCCUUAUGCAGGCCUCAAGAGCAAAGCAAACCAUUGCUUACCUGGACUCUCGGGUCUCCCUGUACCAGGACCUCUCAACAAUCACCUUGGACGACUGCCGAGCUCUACGCCCACUGACCCAAAUGCUACAAGAAAAGAGGAUAAGAUACAAAUGGGUGUUCCCAUUUAGAUUACAGGCCAAGGUGGACAACACAUGGCACGUCAUGGCCCAACGAUGUCCCACGUUUUCUCAGGACAACCAGACAACCCCUGGUGUCAAUUUGAAACUGGAUCUUCGAAGGCCCACAGGCGCUAGAAUCAGGCCCCACGAAGGUGGCUCACAACCUGUAAGUAACCCCGAGACUGCAACGACGCAGAGGAGGGCCCACAGGUCCCGAGGAAUAAACAGCCUCCCUCCGUGUCCACACUGGCACAAGGCGAACCACCCACACCCCCAGGACCCAGGCAACACCACGGUAUGUGCUUCGGGACUCUCCCCUCCCCCCCCCGGCUCCGGACUAGGUACACACGGGCGCCUCCUUCCCCCUUCUCGAUCCGGGGGUGAGAGGCCGGGUCCCGAGGAGAUGGGACGGCUGCUGAGUCACACUAAACACUACCUGUCAACAACCACAUGUGGGCUCUGGGGUUUGGGAGGGGGAAGGGAUGGGACUGGGGACAAUGCUGCAUAG